CUUCACAUUUAAGCAAAGAGCUUCCGAUUUUCUGCUAUCAGAUUGGAUUAACAGAUCUUCGGUGGAGUCGGGAUCCCCAGUGAGUGAGGAGAGGGGCUGGAGCAGGGUUUUGCCUGAGGAUCUGUUGAGUUUCAUUAGAUCUGACCGGUGUUCAGUGAGCACCACAGACAGUGGCUACAUCACCAGCGGCUGAGAUGCUCUGGAGUGCGGGGAGAAGAGGUCCAUGGUUGGGACGGGUCAUUCCUGUCCUCCUAACUUGUUGCCUGGUCCCUACGUACAGUCAGAUCCGCUACUCUGUCCCAGAAGAGCUGGACCAUGGAGCUUUUGUGGGAAACAUCGCGGAGGACUUAGGUUUGGACAUUUCAAAGCUGUCACCCAGGCGUUUUAGGAUCGUGUCUGGGACCAACAAGCAGCAUCUGGAGGUUAAUUUGGAGAAUGGAAUUCUGUUCGUGAACGAAAAGAUAGAUCGGGAAGAAGUUUGUGAGUUCCAGCCAGUGUGCUUCUUGCACUUGCAAGUGGUCAUGGAGAACCCAUUGGAGCUCUAUCGGGUUGAGGUGGAGAUUUUGGAUAUUAACGAUAAUGCACCGAGCUUUCCCUGGCAUGAUUAUGUGUUGGAGGUGACCGAGUCUGCAGCACCCGGUUCUCGUUUCCCCCUUGAGAGUGCCCAGGAUCCAGACGUUGGCAGCAACUCCCUGCGCACUUACAAGCUAAGUCCUAAUGGGUUUUUCUCUUUGGAGAUACAAAGUCGAAGCGAUGGGAGCAAAUUUGCUGAGCUGGUCCUGGAGAGACCCCUUGACAGGGAGCAGCAGAAGACUCACAGGGUGCUCCUCACUGCCCUGGAUGGUGGGAUUCCCGAAAGGUCGGGCACUGCUUUGGUUACCAUCAGUGUUUUGGAUGCCAAUGAUAACGUGCCCACAUUUGACCAGUCAUUUUACCGGGUGAGUCUACCAGAAAACGUUUCUAAGGGUACCCUUGUGAUUAAGUUAAAUGCCACUGAUUUAGAUGAGGGUACCAAUGGGGAGAUCGAAUAUUCUUUCAGUGGGCACGCACCCCAGAAGGUAAGGGACCUUUUCAUGGUGGAACCUCGCAGCGGCCAGGUGAGGGUUAAAGGGAUUUUAGACUACGAAAAAGCCAACCUAUAUGAACUGUACGUCCAAGCCAAGGACAGGGGGCCAUCGGCUGUUGCUGUGCACUGCAGAGUUCUGGUCAACCUGCUGGAUGUCAAUGAUAAUGCCCCCGAGGUGAUCCUCACCUCUGUAUCAACCCCAGUCAUGGAAGAUGCUCCACCGGGGACAGUCAUCGCUGUGAUCAGCGUGAUGGAUCGUGACUCUGGUGACAAUGGGGACGUCAGCUGCGAUAUCCCCAAAAACGUUCCCUUUCAACUGCAUUCCUCUUACAAGAAUUACUACACCCUGGUGACCACCGAGGUCUUGGACCGGGAGGUGAUGUCGGAAUACAAUAUCACUAUCAGCGCUAGGGAUUUCGGCUCUCCUCCACUAAUGACCAAGAAGAUCAUCAAUGUUCAAGUCACAGAUAUCAAUGACAACAUACCCACCUUUGUGCAGCCCUCCUAUACCGUGUAUGUGACGGAAAAUAACCCUCCGGGGGCAUCUAUUUGCUCUGUGACUGCCCUGGACCCCGAUUGUAACCAGAAUGCAUAUUUAUCAUAUUCUAUCAUGGAUGGACAAAUUCAGGGGAUGCCAGUGUCCACUUAUGUAUCAAUUAAUUCGGACAGUGGCAAUAUCUACGCUCUGCGUUCUUUUGACUUUGAGCAGAUCCGUAACUUUCAGAUCAGGAUCCAAGCCCAAGAUGCUGGAUUCCCUCCUUUAAGUAGCAAUGUUACCGUCAAUGUUUUUAUUCUUGAUCAGAAUGACAAUGCCCCUGUCAUUGUGUAUCCACUCCCAAAGAAUGGUACUGUAGCCACUGAUGUCAUCCCCAGAAAUGCCGACCCAGGGUACUUGGUGGGCAAAAUCUCAGCCAUGGAUGCCGAUUCUGGCCAAAACUCUCGCCUUUCAUAUCAGAUUCUCCAAGCCACCGAUUCUACCUUAUUUAGUGUGGCCCUAUACACCGGAGAGCUGAGGACCAUGCGUGCUUUAGGAGACAAAGAUGCCACCAGACACAGACUCCUUAUCCAAGUCAGAGACAAUGGCCAACCGUCCUUAUCCACCUCUGUGUCCAUAGUCCUCACUGUUGUGGACAGCAUGCCAGAAACCCUGUCUGAAUUAAACGAUGUGCCUUUAAAUUCAGACCCUGAUGCCACCUCCUCUUUAACACUCUAUUUAAUAGUGUCCCUUGGCUCUGUGUCCUUCACAUUCCUGGUGGCUAUAAUUGUCCUCACAGCCAUUAAAUGCCACAAAGACAGACCGUCCCUACAGGAUUACAAGUGUUCUAUCCCUACCUGUUGCUGUCUGAGAUCAGGGUCUCCAGGGGGUGUUUUUAAAAACUCAAAUAUCAAUCUACAGAUCUCAUCUGGGAAUAAAGUUCAAACGAAUUGCAUGGAAUCUAGUGGGAGUGCAUCUCAAAACUACUGCUAUAAAGUCUGCCUGACUCCAGAAUCAGCUAAAAGUGACUUCAUGUUUCUAAAACCCUACAACUCAACCACUCAAAACAAUGAAAAAAUCCCAGAAAAGGUGGCCCCAGGAGGAGAGGGGAAGAAUCAAGUUGCUGUAAACAAUGCAGUUAACGAGAUUAAACUUCCAAAUACAGAUUGGUCGCCACAAAAGACACAGAAGCCAGGUCUCAAAAGUUCUCAGAGUCUUGAAGACCUUGGAACUCGAAAAGGUGUUAAAAAAGAUCAUGACAGACUGCGUACGCUAGUUUCCCCUGUAACUGAUGUAAAAAAGACGACUCCAACAUCGAACGGGGUGUGGAGCCCGAAAUAUGGUUUACCUUUCCAGCAGCACAUACCAUCGCUGGAUUAUCAGCAUAAUGUUUAUAUUCCUGGGACCCCAACGCUACUGGCCAAUAAGCAGGGGCUCUACAUAGAACACGAAGAAAAAAAUAGUUUUUCCACCUUCGGAAAGAAGAGAAAAAUGACGUCUUGCUGCGAUGUACACGAUGACAUGAUAAUUAACAAUGACUUGAAAUGAGUGCAAACCGAGACAUGCUUAAAUAACCGUAAGCAUACUCUGUACUGCGCUGAACUGAAUUCAGGCAUUGACUCAAGCAAAACCUUAAGGGUUAAAAACAAAAAGUCAUUACUAUGCCAAGAACAUUAUUUUAACUCACCUACCUGAGGUCUGUUUUGUGUGAUAAUUUCGAAAAAGCAAACUGCGAGAGGACAUGAUCUAUAAAGUGCAAUGGGACAAAGAGAUCUAAAAUUAAUCUGUAACACUUGAAAUGAAAGGACAUUCGCCACACUAAUGAAGGCACCAAAAGAAAAAAAUAAAUAAAAAAAACCCCCAAACAACUAUGUACACAGAGACAAUGAAAAUAAAUUAUAGCGAUGCAGUGUGUUGAGUAAAUGGACAGGAUGCAAUUUCAUUUGGUAAAACAGAUUCAAUGUGGGUGAGAAUGAAAAAAUCGUCUGUGUGUAAAAAGCAAUUUUCUCUAUCUGCAGUCAACCGAAAGACUUCCUUGAGGACUGAAGUGAAUGAGAGGACAUCCUUUCUGAAAUGUCAUUUUCAGUCUGAGCCUUUGGCUAUUUCCAUUUAGUGACAGUUCUGUCUUUUAUUGUUAAUAUGUGAAUGUACCCAGUGAAUAUAUAUAUAUAUAUUUUUUGUACUGUAUGCCUUUUCCGUGUUGAGCGAAUGGAGACGAUGUGUCUGAAAAUCAAUACCUAUAUAAAGGGUGAAAUCAGCAGAGCUGAAUACAUUCAUUGUCCCGUUGUAUGUACAAUGAAGAAUAUAUCUUCAAACAUGUAUGUAAAUAGUAUGCUACUUUUCAGCAAACACUUGUAUUAAAAAGAGUACUGCA